UUUAUAUUUUUGUGUUAAAUUUCAUUAAAAUGGUUUUAUUUUAAUCCAAGGUAAAAUUAGAGAGCAAAAACUGAUAGUAGCCCUUUCUCUCUGUAACUUAUUGUUUAUAAUUUGAAAUGGAGAUAUGCUGGAAUAUUUUGCAAUAUUUAUUGCCAGACUCUGGGGGUUUUGGAAGGCACUAAUAACCUGAGAAGGUAACAGAAGAAAACGAUACCCGGUAGCCAUUAUUGUUUUCCAGCUGUGUUUGAGUGAUCACAUGGGAAACCAUUGUCCCGGUCAGUGUGACAUCGAUGUAACAUCUUUACAGCAUAAUGUCAAAAAAGGCCAUGAAAACACUUAUUCGGUUCUGCAAACUAAAUACAAUGGCUCCAGCUGUCAGCAGCACCGAUCGUGAAAAAAUAAACGGACAGGUUAUUGAAAUUUUAGAAAAUGAAGAUGUGAACCGUAACCUGUUGAACAGACGAGGGAAGUUUAGCAUCCCUCUGUGUGAAGCAUGCCGAUCAGGCAAUGAAGAAAUCAUAGCAAUUCUUCUCCAAUAUAGAGCAGAUCCUAAUGUCUACGAUAAAAAUAAGUGCACGCCAUUGUAUAUCGCAUCUUCGUUGGGAUACCGAGGAAUAGUUGAGAAACUUUUGGAAACUAAUGCAGACGUCAAUGCCAAAAAUGAACAGGGUUAUGUCCCUUUGUUGUCGGCAAUAGAAAACAAUCACUUCGAAAUUGCAGAAAUUCUCAUGGAGCAUGGAGCAGACGUGAACAUUAAAAGACCGAACACAUUUGGAAUUGAGAUGACUCUCAUGACGUUUGUGCUGUUCGCCAAAAAUAACAUUCCAUUAGCGGAAAAACUUCUAGAAGCGGGGGUAAACCCCCACGUGUUUGAAAAACCGUUGAACUUUAUUCUCUUGGAAUAUGGUGACGAAUGUCGUAGAUUUAUUAAGAAGCUUGUGUAUGCGGGAUAUUCCUUUUACUGUGAUGCGUGGGUGAGACUCGUGAAAAGCAAACUUGAUUCGGGUAACAAGGACCAGGUUACGGAAAGUGAACUCGAGAUGCUGGAGUUUCUGAAUCAGGAACACUACAAUGCAUGUAGUCUGCAGAAGACUUGUAGAACAGUAAUCAGAACUUGUUUGUCGGGGUCACGACCAAGAGACCACAUCUCAUCGAAAAUAUCAUGUUUACCAUUGCCAACCAACAUCAAGAGAUACCUGGCGUUAGAAUUUGCUUUAUCAGGGUUUUAAGAUGAAGAUCUGGCAAAGUGUUUGCCUAAAUAUGGUGACAGACUAGCAUCAGGCAAUUUCGCCAGAAUACAUUUUACAAAGGACAUGUCCCAAAGGAAUGAAAGGAUAAAAAGCUCGUGAAACGUCCACUAGAUGCGCUAGAUGGUACACAAACAAAAAACGCAGAACAUGAAACAAGAUCUAAUUCAAACAUUUGAAAUACAUACGCAAAACGGGAACACAGGCGUAUAUAACUGGGCAGGAUGGAUUACAGUGAAUAUAUGUCUGACUACAAACACGUUCGCAGCCAAAAGGGUGGGGGUACUCGGCAACAUAGUAGCUAUAUCAAAACGAGCCAAAGAUUUACACAAGGAAGCAAAAGAGUUUUUUUUUUCCUGGAGGAACGUCUAUGAAAGGACCCGAAGAUAACUUUGAAUGUCAUAUUACUGACUUUUAUAAACGAAAAAUCGAUGAUGAGAUCACUGUUGAAGAAUUAUAUGAGAAUACAAGAGUCAAAAUGCUAUAGUUAUACAUUUGUACAAAGAAACAGCCAGCAGAACAUUCACAGAACAAUGACAUGACUAUAGAAUUUGAACCAGUUCCCAAUGACAACACAAUAAACACCUUGAAUGACACAAUACCUUUGCAACAGCCAGUCACCGAAGUAGUACAUACAAGGGAAGAAUUAGAUAGAAAUUAAUUUCAAGAGUUACCGAAAGAAGAAAUUUGGAACGAGUUGCCAGACAUAUUGAAUUGCACUGCAAGAGAAAGCUGCACGCCUAACAGUACCAUUAUCAGCACUGAAAUCGAACACUUCCAGGAGCUGCAAGACGGGUACGAGUCGUUAGAUGAACUGUCACGUUUUCUGUCUUCCUAAUUACCCACAUCAUCACCAUUAAGAGAAUCUGCAAGCCAAUCUCCUUUGUUAUAUAUCUAAACACCAAUCCCGACUCUCACCCUAAACAGGGUUAACAUUUUAAAUGAAAUGAUUGGCUAUUUCAAGGAGGAUAGACUGUUACAUGAAACAAUUAGAAUGCCCAUGAGCAGUUCAUACAGAAACCAAAAUAUGCAUUAGACUCCAUAGCAGCUGUAGCCCAAACUUCACUAACAAAUAACCACUUUAAAACUGUGCCAAAAGCUCAAAUCAUUCCUCGAAGAAAGAAAACCUACAGCCCUACGGGUGAUAAAUCUAUUUAAAUGAACACUAAAGAGCCCUUGCGAAAUAACAACGUUUCGAUAUUUAACCCAGUAUGUGAAAGCUGAAGACGAAAAAGGUUUCGCACGGUUUUUGAGAAGUGUUAAAAACAUUAAAAUUAAUUUUGCCCAAUGGAUGGUCUUGAAAUACGCGUCAUAGCACACAUUUGUGGACCACUUAUGGAAAUACCAACUGCCUACUCAUCCUACAGGGAGUUUCAAAACGAAAUGGAUGAUAUCCUAAAGUCUGAAGAAGCUUAGAAAAUGAACAUAGUAUGAGUCCAGUUGUGGACUGUGUGCAGUGACGUUUGCAUGUCUUCAUUAUGAGUACUUCGUUUAUUUUCCAGCCAUCACAAAGCAGGUGGUAGCUGUGUAUAUACUUUUUGAUAAAUGGACCAUCAGUAAACUUUACGUUGGAAUACAUGGCAUUUACAAAUUAAGAGAUGAUAGUUCAGUUCAUUUCAGUAAGCACUGAUAUUUAGGUUAAUUUUUGGAAGUCGGCCAAAUUACCUUUGAAGUAAACUUAUGCUCCUUAAAAUGGCUUAAAAUGUUUUCAGUUUUUCUCAUUUCAUUUCCCUUCAUGGGGUACACCUGUUUAAAAUUAUAUAAAUUAGACAAGCGCUCUAUUUUUCAAUUAUUGUUACGUGGGUGACUGGUUCUCUUGAAUCAGUUGUAUUCUAGUUUACACGAGCAACUACACUUCAAUAAAACAAAAUUUGAGUUUUCUUCUUUUAA